AUGUUCCUCGCUUAUGCUGAAGCAGCUAAUGAAGCCUGGGGCCCCGACGGUACUGGUACAAGGGCUUACUCCGCAAGAAGUGUUAUCAGCGCGAUCAGGAAGAGAGCAGGCAUCACGCAACCAGACGCUUAUCUCGCAACCAUUACAACGAAAGAAGACAUGCGCAAGCUCAUUCGUAAUGAAAGACGUUUGGAACUAAGCUUUGAAGGAUUCCGUUUUUGGGACCUUCGCCGCUGGAAGGAACCGCUGACUGAAACCGUUAAGGGAGUGACCAUCAUGAACAAUGUAUUUACCAUUCAGCCUGUGGAAAUUCGUCCGUACGCUGAUUUUAUGUACUAUGGUCCAAUUCCGCUUACUGAAGCGUUAAAAGCAAACCUUCUUCAAAAUAAAGGAUGGUAA